GCGUGUGCCUUUAUCCCUACAGCAACGACUUGGGGCGACCAACGCCACAACUCCACAAGGUCCGCAUACCCCUUUCCCCCGCGCCCUUUAUCCCUGCAGCAACGACUUGGGGUGACGAGCACCACAAGGUCCGCCCACCCCUUCCUUCUCAUUGCUUGCUGUUGUAGUGUUCUGCGAAACCGAGCACCCAAACGGCCAAACCCCAACUUAAGCUAUUUGUAUUCGGAUCUAAUAUAGUUACAAUUGUAUACAGCCAUUAUGUCUACUAAUUUCGGUUUUGGUUUUAAAAAUUAUGCGGCUGUUCUUUACUGGAUCGGCCCCAGUAUUCGUGCUGCUUUGGUCUUUGCGUCCUGGAGCAUUAAUUUCCCUUCUGAUUUGGGUAGAGGAUGAUGCUUCUCGCCAAGCUCGGGGCGCCGAGCGUUCCAGGUUGUGUCAUGGACAGAAGGAAACUGCUGUUGGUCCCUGCGAUUAGUAUGGCCAUUGCCUCCUUUCAGUACACUUUUGUCAAGGGAAUAGCAAAAGCUGAAUUUGCUGAUAUGCCUGCACUUCGCGGUAAAGAUUAUGGAAAGACAAAAAUGCGGUAUCCAGAUUACACUGAAACGGAAUCAGGCCUCCAGUACAAGGACUUGCGGGUUGGUGAUGGCCCUUCUCCAAAAAAAGGGGAGACUGUUGUUGUUGAUUGGGAUGGCUAUACAAUUGGGUACUAUGGUCGUAUCUUUGAAGCUCGAAACAAGACCAAAGGAGGUUCAUUUGAGGGUGGUGACAAAGACUUCUUCAAGUUCAAAGUUGGAUCAGGACAGGUCAUACCAGCUUUUGAGGAGGCUAUAUCAGGCAUGGCCCCAGGAGGUGUUAGGAGGAUCAUUGUACCACCGGAUCUUGGAUACCCAGAUAAUGACUACAACAAGUUGGGUCCAAAACCAACGACAUUCUCGGGACAAAGAGCUCUUGAUUUUGUUCUACGUAAUCAAGGCUUAAUAGAUAAAACUCUCCUGUUUGACAUCGAGCUUCUCAAGAUAAUUCCAAAUCAGUAGUGUGAGAUUCUAAUGAUUACCUUUGAAGAAAAAAGCUCAUGUUAUUCAGGUCCGUCGAAGAUCAGCAGUAAAUGUAUGCAAUUGAAUAUGAAAAUAUUUUUUUAGGCAUACGCACAUACAACAUGAUGUGAACACAUCUACCUACAUCUCCAUUAACUACGCCUCUUUUAAAAGAUGCCAUUGUGUGCAUCUGCGGUUUCUACAGAAGCUCUAUUAGAUACGUCUGUGAUCAUACCUCGACUGCUGAGCAAAUAGAGAAUGACCAAAUGGCGAAUUGUUGAAAUGAAGGCAUUCUAGUUGGAAAUGUUGUAAAUACCCCAAAUAUUGCCUGUCUGUCGUAAUAGUUCAUUUGGGACGUCUGGGGGGUGCAUGGUUUCUUUUGGUGAUUGGUCGCCCCAGACAAAUCAGAACUCUCUACUUUACCAGAAGGUACCAUCCAAACAGGAUUUCAAUCCAGUUUUAGUGAAUGUUCAAUAUGUUUUAGUAAAUAAUGUAAAAACGGCUUUUUAUUGCUCCAAAUAUGUAAUUCAGGUUUCUAAUUUUAAAUCC